UAUGUAUAGGCGUACGGAUCCCAUCUUAUAUAUCGCAUUCUCGUGCCAUUUCAUGAUCCCAAACUUAGAAAUUAUUAUGAUUAUUAUUAUUUUGUAAAUAAAUUAAUUAAAUGCCUUCCGCUCUUCAGCUUCACCGAAUUACUCCCAUCACUCUUCCGGCCGCCGCCGCCGCCGCGGCGGAGCCGCCGUCGAAACACGAUCAGAGGCUGCAGGCGGCGGCGCGUACGGUCUGCCCCGUUUCCGGCGAUAUUGCCGUCCCGGAGGAGGUGCUGGGCCACCACACCCACGCGGUGGCGCCGGGGCAGUGCUGCUCGGCGGCGGUUCAGGCGAUCGGCGGUGCUGACGUGGAAGCCGUGUGGGCGGUGGUGCGCCGGUUCGACCGGCCGCAGGCGUACAAGCACUUCGUGAGGAGCUGCCACGUCAUCGUGGGGGAGGGCGGUGUUGGCACGCUCCGGGAGGUGCGCGUGGUGUCGGGGCUGCCGGCGGCGCGUAGCACGGAGAGGUUGGAAAUAUUGGACGAUGAGAGGCACGUGACGAGCUUCAGCGUUGUGGGCGGCGACCACCGCCUCAGGAAUUACCGGUCGGUGACGACGCUCCACCCGGCGGCGGCGGCGGACGGCGGCGGGACGGUGGUGGUGGAGUCGUACGUGGUGGAUGUGCCGGUGGGGAAUACGAAGGAAGAAACGUGUGCGUUUGUGGACACCAUUGUUAGGUGCAAUCUGCAGUCUUUGGCUAAACUUAUUGUUGCCAAUAAUAAUAAUAAUAAUUUAGAAAAUUAAAAAAUCGACCUAAAUAAAUUUUUUUAUUUUUUUAGUUGAAAUGGGAAUCAUGUAGAUUGUGGGAUUUUCUUUUGGAUUGGUUCUAAAUUUAAAUUUUUGUUACUAUUUCA